AUGGCGACUUCAUCGGGUAGUGUAUUUGGCGCGACGCUCCAGACGAUCACAACCACAAAACUCGAAGAACUCGCGAAGCAGCGCACUGUCUUUGAAGAAGAUUAUGCUGCACUCGUCGCUGCUGCGAAAGCUGAAACAGACCCGCUAAAGCGACUAUGUCUCCUCCUUGACGGCUCAAAAGCAUGUCUUGGUUUCCAGACAGAAAAAAGGACCAAGAACGGCCGUACAGGAUCAGUGAUUAGUGGAUCAUCUAGAAACGUGCGUUUCGAGACUGACCUCAAGAACCUCGAUCGCUUCAUCGAGCAGGCGCGUUUCGACCCUUCCGUUUCAUCUAACGUUCUUUCGGAUUGGGAGGAAACCCUCUUAAGAUACCUCUCGAUCCAGUCCACCAAGUUUCAGUAUGCCGACCUCUACGGCAAACUUGUCACUGAAUGGCUCUCUUCCGAGAGACAUGCAAGCGAAGAUGGCGAUAUUGAGAUGGGCGAGAGCUUUGAGGAAAUACCUGGUGCUAAGAAGCUUGCAUCCCGUGCUGAGUGGGAGAAAGACGUCUUCAACGCGGCCGAAGUAGACGAGCAAGCUCUGAGAUCAUAUCUUGAUGAGCUAUUCAAGACAGAUAGUAAAGACGGCUCCGCUGCAAUUCUGAAGUUGCGCCAAAAGGUCGAAGACUUCGAGCUGAGUUUCAAGAGCUCGACAUCCUUCAACAACAGUACCCUUCGCUCAACCAUAAAAGGGCUUUUGAACUCCAAUCUUCUCUCAAACGAGAAGCGAGAGGCGCUCAGAGACUUUCUAAGCAACGACGUGAUACUCGCGGAGUUAUGUGACAUCCUCAACGUGCGCAUGACGGCCCUUGAUCGUUGGACCUGGGGGCCAUAUGUCCUGUUAGAGCAGAGAAGAAAGAUCAACGGUGACUUCUCCAUCCACUUCGAUCCGGACCUUCUUCAGGCCAUCUUUCUCCAUCACAUUGGUGUGAAGUGGUCCGUGUUCUUCAAAUCGGCAUUCUUGGACAUGCACAAGCAUGUAGCCUGGAAGAGAAACUUCACAGAAGUUUCAAAAACCGACCGUCUGCGACGAUCAUUUUUUCUGGGCGACCAAGGCAUUCGAGUUCACUCGACCGUUGAAAAAAAGCGCGAAAGCAUACAUCGCAAUAGAUAUUUUGUCCACCAAUUGUUAGAUUAUGACACUCAGCGAAUUGAGGCAGAUGAAGGUGAAGAGGAGGCAGAAUACGGAGAUUACGUUGUCCAAAAGCGUCAAAGGGCAUCGGUACAGGGAAUGCACUCCAUUGCGAGCCAGGAACUAGGCAGAGGUCGUACAAUGCAGACAGCAAGAAUGUCUACCGGUUACAAUGGGGUGCUAGCUGCUUCUUCAGAUUCAGGGCAGCGCGAGUCUAUGGAGGAAGAGGAAAUGGAGAACGACAGAGAUACGUAUAGCCCGGAAGAUCAAGAAUACCGCCGCCAGUCCAAGAAACCGAUGCAAGCGAAACAAACCCUACUUCACCUCGUAUCCACUGAAAUCGUACUGAACACGAGAUUGCACGGACAACUGUACUGUCUGCAUACAACUUUCGACUCCUGGAAUCCAUUGUUGCCACAUCAAACCAUCUCUACCGUUCUAGACUUCCUUGGCAUAUCGAACAGAUGGCGGGAGUUCUUUGCGCGUUACCUGCAGGCACCACUGAAGUUCGUGGACGAUCAGUCAUCCGAGCCUCGCUUGCGUCGUCGAGGAAUGCCAGGCUCCCAUACCCUGAGUGAUACGUUAGGGGAGGCCGUGCUUUUCUGUUUGGAUUUCGCUGUGAACCAAGCCACUGGCGGGCCAGACCUACACCGUCUCGGCGAUGACAUUUGGUUCUGGAACCAGGAUCAUGAUACGUGUACUAAUGCCUGGGAAAGUAUUGUCAAGUUUGUUGAUUUGACGGGAGUCAAGCUGGACGAGAAGAAAACGGGCAGUGUUCGCGUCUCGCACAACUCUGAUGCUGAGACUGACAAUCGCCUGCCGAAGGGCGACAUUCGAUGGGGCUUCUUGCAGCUUGACCCAAAGAGUGGAAGGUUCAAGAUCGACCAAAAGAUGGUCGAUGGCCACGUGGAAGAGCUGCGCACGCAGCUGAAUGGCAAGAUGAAGAGUGUUAUCGACUAUAUACAGAUCUGGAACUCCUACGCAGCUACCUUCUUCAGCUCCAACUUCGGGAUGGCGGCCAAUUGUUUCGGACGCGAGCACGUUGACAUGAUGCUCGCCACCCACCGCCACAUUCAAAACAGCAUUUUCCCUGACAGCAACAUUGUGCAACAUCUAAAGACAACGAUCAAAGAACGCUUCUCUGUCGAAGACGUCCCAGAUGGGUUUCUCUUCUUCCCCGUCGAGCUUGGAGGUCUGGACCUGAAAUCUCCAUUCGUUGGCCUAUUGCAAAUUCGGGAAUCGGUCAAGGAGAACCCAUACGAUCUGCUGGAUGAGUACGAAAACACUUUGCGUAGUGACUAUAACACUGCUAAGCGCGCGUUCGAUAAGGGCGUUCGUCGUCCCACGCGUCGCAAUGUCGAGGAUGCGAACUGGAGGCCUGAAGACCCUGACACAUUCUUCUCCUUCGAGGAAUUUGCCAGAUACACCGAGGCAUUCGUAACUACCGGUAGGGCGAGCUUGCUAGACGUUUACAAGGAGUUGCUUGAGCGACCACAAGAAAAGUCCAUAAAUGCAAGCGAACCUGUGCUACAGGCUCAGCAGCAACUCCAGGGUCAGAAUACCUUGCGCGGCAUCACCGCGCAACGGAGUUCGAUGGAAGCCUACUGGAAGUGGAUCACACAGAUGUACGGCCCGGAGAUGAUUGACAAGUUCGGUGGUCUCAAUGUAGUAGACUUCGGGCUGCUGCCGAUUGGUAUGGUAUCUAUGUUUCGGCAGAGGCGUACAAAGUGGCAGGGUUAA